UUGGAUCAUAUCCUGCAGUUUUUUUUUCUGAGCUCCACUCGCUUUUAAGGAGCGUCUGGUAUAUCCACGCUAAAAACCUUUCCGUAGGACGCAUCGGUGCGGAGAUAGGGCCCAGGAGCUACGCUACUUCCACCAUGACUGAACGCUUCGACUGUUACUAUUGCCGUGACAACCUGCAUGGGAAGAAGUAUGUUAAGAAGGAUGAGAAGCACGUGUGUACAAAGUGCUUCGACAAGCUCUGCGCCAACACCUGCGCAGAAUGCCGUCGCCCCAUUGGGGCUGAUGCCAAGGAGCUGAACCAUAAGAACCGCCACUGGCACGAGGACUGCUUCCGCUGUGCCAAGUGCUACAAGCCCCUGGCCAACGAGCCCUUCAGCGCCAGGGACGACGGCAAGAUCAUGUGUGGCAAGUGUGGCUCCCGCGAGGAUGGUAACCGGUGCCAGGCCUGCUACAAGGUGGUCAUGCCAGGCACACAGAACGUGGAGUAUAAGAAGAAGGUGUGGCAUGAGGAAUGCUUCACCUGCUUUGAGUGCAAGCAGCCAAUCCGCUCACAGAGCUUCCUGAACAAGGGCGAUGACAUCUACUGCGGCCCGUGCCACGACAAGAAGUUUGCCAAGAAAUGCUUCCACUGCAAGCAGCCCAUCACUUCAGGUGGUAUAAGCUACCAAGAUCAGCCAUGGCACUCUGAGUGCUUUGUGUGUCGUACCUGCCGUAAGAACCUGGCCGGAACCCGCUUCACCUCCCACGAGGAGCAAGUCUACUGUGUGGACUGCUACAAGACCUCUGUUGCCAAGCAGUGCAACGGCUGCAAGAACCCCAUCACAGGGUUUGGCCAUGGGACCAACGUGGUGAACUACGAGGGUCACUCCUGGCACGAGUACUGCUUCAACUGCAAGAAAUGCUCCCUCUCCCUGGCCAACAAGCGCUUUGUCAUCAACGGAGAGAACAUCUACUGCCCUGACUGUGCUAAGAAGCUGUGAGGCCCAAAACGUCUGUCAUUCAUGUUGAGGUGUUUUGACAGGGUCAGGAACAUAAAUUAGUGCCAACUAAAGUUGAGAGGUCAAUCCAAGGGUUAAAACUAGAGAAAGGUCAAUUACCUGAGUGAAUUUGAACAGCAGCCAAAUAGGAAUCUUGUUCCAGUGUUUUGUCAUUGUUGAAUACUAACACACGUCAACUGGUUUGCUUUUGUGGGCCUUCGAUAUGCAAUACUAACAAGCUUGAACACUGCAUAGCCAUAUUAGGGAAUGCUAUUUUCACUGCCUUACUGGAACACUGCUUUGAUAAUACUAAUAUGGCAAUUACAUGUUACAACGCUUCACAUUGCUUCUUGAAUUAUAUACUAGCUUCACUAAAUAAAUUGGUCACGGCACCUCUGAA